AUGAGCCGCCCCGUCGAAUUCCGUUUUGGAAAAAAAAUAUCUCCGCGGACGAAACUGAUAACGUCGCGGAACAAUGCGAGCCGGCCCCGCGAAGUGGCGCGAAAGCCGUCGUUUGAACGCGUCACAAGCGGCCGAACGGGGAACGGGCACGUCCGCGGGGUGUGCGCCGGAACGGGUGACCGUCACGCGAUCGCGCGCCGCGGGUCCGCGGACCCGCGCCGUUUUAUUAAUCCGACGACGGCGCGAAUGUCCGUCGCCGAGCGUGUGCCGUGCGGCGGCGGCGGCGGCGGUAGGGGAGCCGAAAAAAAGACCGGCGACGGCAACAACGAUAAUUCAAUGUGUACGGCCGCGUUGCGCGGACACGGAUUAUCGUUGAAAACACGAAAACGGUACGCGCCGCAGAUGGGGACGCGAGAUUACGCGCGGCGGCCGUCGCCGGGGUCCGAUGGCGCUUUUCGUCUACCCGUGUCCACCCGUGCCCCGUCCGGUACGUCGCGAUCCGCGCGGCGUCGUUAA